UCAGUUAGUCCCGUUCCACUUCUCACCAAAUUUAAAGAGGAACCCCAAACAGUGCCAUGUUUUAGUGGAUUAGAAGAUUCCAACCCACCCAUGUCACCAAUUGAUAUGGAAUCCCAGGAAAGAAUAAAAGUAGAUCGUAAAAGAGCUAGGAACCGAGUUGCUGCCCGAAAAUGUCGCACCCGAAAAUUGGAAAGAAUAAAUCGUUUAGAAGACAGAGUUUCCUGUUUAAAAGAUCAAAAUGAUGAACUUUCUCAAACUGCCAGCAGUUUACGUGAUCAAGUGUGUAAAUUAAAAAGACAAAUUAUUGACCAUGUAAAUGGUGGAUGCCAAAUAAUGAUGGCACAAAACAUA